AUGAUCGGAAAGAGGCAAGCACAAAGAAAACGACCUGCCUUCGGGCAAAGUGUCGAGGCUGAAAUUAGACAGUGUGAUCAACGUCCUGGCACUUGCCAGAAUUGUGAGAACCACCGAGUCGAGUGUCCUGGGUAUCGCGACCAACUGGAUUUGGCAUUCUUGGAUGAAACGGAUGACGUGUUCCGCAAGGCGAAGAGCAAAACGGGCAAACAGAAUCAUGCGUACAGGAUUCACAGUAAUCAAUCACAAGAGGUGAAGUCUCGACGUUGGAGGGGAGAGGGCAGCGAUAUCACUGAACCAUGGCACGGAGCAGCAAUUACCCUAGCAAGAAGCAUGGGACUGAAAUCAUCAUAUGAUGAUCUGGCCGUCAAUUUCUUCUUCCGUAAUUAUUUCGUUGGCACCAAUUCCACCGAGAACGGGCCAAACCAAAACGCGGCACUUUUGAAGAGGGAAACUCAUGAUGCUCUCCCAGAUGGUAUCAGAGCCGUUGCGCUUGCAAGUCUAGCGACUCUUCUCAAAGCACCAGAUUUGAUGCUGGAAGCCAGGAAACGCUAUGUGCUAGCCGUCCAGCAAUUGAACGAUGCAUUGCAGAAUCCGCAAAAGGUGAACAAAGACAGCACUUUAUAUGCUACCAUGUUGUUGAGCAAUUUUGAGACAGUCGCCGGGAACAGCUCGCCAUCAAUGACAGCCUGGCGAAACCACAUAUUUGGCGGUUCAGCCCUGCUAAAGACUCGUGGGGUGGCACAGCUCAAGACCAUUUCCGGCACUCAUCUAUUCUUGCAAGCGGCUUCCUACAUGUUUUUGCCUUGUCUCAAACAUGGAGUUCCUAUUCCCAAGGAAAUCAUGGAGUUGAGAGCAGUCGUUGCGCUUUCUGUGGAUUCGGAGAACCCGUCGUGGCGAGUGUGGGAGACUGCAGUCGACUUCACAAAUUUCAUGGCAUCUUUGGCGGACGGAUCUUUAUCGGACGAUUUGGAGAAGUAUCAGAAGGCAUCAGAACUCGACUUAAGAUUUGCCUCAGCAUUCGUCGAUGUUCCACCUACGUGGCAAUAUCGUACAUAUCGGACCAAUAACGAUCCUGAUCUGGUGCCUAAUGGCACGUACCACAUCUACUCUAGCUUCAUUGGAGUCCAGAUGUGGAAUUCGAUGCGAACGAUGAGGGUUAUACUAGGCGAAAUCAUGCGCGAAAGCUUCCUAUUGGGUGACAGGCUCAAUUCAGAUGUCCUGUCCAAUUCGGAGAAGAGGGCAGUGUUUGAGCGCAUUCACGAUACUAACCGUCGAUUGCAAGCAGAUGUCAUCUCCAGUAUACCGCAGCAUCUUGGCUAUAUUGCCCCUACCCAGGACCAAGAUAAUGGCAAUGUACUCCGCCACAAGCAAGAAUUUGACAAUCUGGAGCUGAAAUUCUUGUGGACCAAUUUUGAUCGUAUCCCACAUCAUGCACAACAUAAUGUAUUGAAUUCUCCGCCACCUCCGCUACUACUUCGUUUGUUUGGUGGCUUCCUUUUACCAUGGUCAUUGUUUACGGUGGGCAGGGUCGAAGUAGCGCCAAUGCAGACCAAACAGUGGAUAUUCAAAAUGCUCAAUCGAGUGGGAUCAACGUUUGGCAUUGGUCAAGCCUUCCAGAGGGCUGGACUUGCCUAUCCCAGAGGCACCCCAAAGUGGCCUAGAAUGGGCAGGUAG